AUGUGCUACUUCGAGCAAACCCUCUGGUCCUGCGGCUACUGGAAGUGGGGAAACUUCCGCCAGCAGUGCAACAAGGAGUACCGCACAGGCGAGACGUGCGGGCUCAAGCUCGUCUACGAGACCAACUUCAUUCCUUCUCCUUGCAAGAUUUGCGAGCAAAUCACCAAGAAGGAUCGAAGAGUACGCAAGAUGGCAGAGGAUAUUGCCCGUUGGCGACGCGAGGGGAAUCGCAUGGCCACCAUAGAAAAGACGGAGCAGGAUAUUGCGGGGGUGCGAAGCCAGAUUCAAGACUUGUGGAGGGGGCAUGAGGAGAAGCAGAGGAGUAUUUGUUGA